UUUUUAUUGUUAUGGCGCCGGGUAGCAAGAUGAAGGAAAAUGAAACGGAUGAAGAAUACUUGAUUUCUAUGGCACGAAGCUGCCAGAAAAGUGAUCCGUAUUUUACAAAGUCUUGGAUGCUUACAGCGAAAACACUUUUUCCGGAUAAUUUCGGAAUACAGUAUGAAGCCUAUUGCUUGGCUUCAGACAGUGGAAAUAUCAAAGAAGCAUCAGGCUACUUGGAAGAAAUGUUCAGGAAGUUUCCGACAGAACAUCGUCUCUGGGAUGAAGUGUACAAGAUAGCCAAUGCCCUUCGAGCUGACACACUUGAUCCAAAAAUUGCCGUCUUGAGAGAUAUGUUCAAUCACUUGCCAACAGCCUCACAGCAUGACAUCUUACUUUCUAUAGCUGAACACUGCAUGGACACAGCUGAGCACUGCAGGCUCAUGUUGCUCCUCUUGCGAAAGUUCCCAGAGAAGGUGGUGGAACAUGGUGUGAAGCUGAUUGACACCCUACAAAUGGCCGAGAAACAUAGCCAUAGCCAGACGCCACUGAACCAAUUUAGGAAACUUCUUGUGUGUGAUGUGGCUCCUCUUGUCCUAAAGAUGGGCGUGGAGCUCCCAGUCAAGCAGACAUAUAGGCUCAUCCAUAAAUGCAUAGAAUUCUACACAAUGUUCAUCUAUGCACCAAACAGGAACAAGCUCGACUUAUUCAUGAAGCCAGGCCUCGAAGGUGGUGGAGGAAGCGGCAGCACCGAGAGUGGCUGUGGCACUUCGGAGGCCGAGCUGUGGCGGCAGCUGUUCUCGUUUAUGUUGUGUGCUGGGCGGCGCCUACGUUGGGAGCUGUCGGAGCUGCUGCAGGAGCCCCUGCCACUGCUCCAGGAGAGCCACUGGCAACACAUUCGUGCCCUGCUGCGUGCACGGCCACCACCACCUCCAACCGACCUCAGUGCAGGUGCCGCUGCUAUGGACCCCGAAGAGCUCGUGGCUACACACAAACAGGUCUUCUACUGUGUCAUUGUAAUAUUCUUGCAUGCGCUCUACAACUAUGGGAAGCACAUCAACCCUUCCUGGUUCCCAGGUACCACCAGUGACAUUCAGUGCAUUCUGUUAGAGGGGCCACGUUGGGUGAACCCAGCGCCUGAGCAGCCAAAGCACAAGAGAAGAAAAGUUGAGCCUGAGGCAAGUGGAAAGGAGACUGAGCCACCUGCCCUAACUGUGAGCAAGUGCGUUCCGGCAGAAUCAGCGGUUGUACUGACGCAGAGCUUCCUUACGGCUAUUCGUUGCUGGUCCAUUCUGCAGUAUCUAAAGAAAGAACUGUCCCGGUUGUCACAACACAUUCGUCUAGAUGAGUGGCCUUGGUUCCAGUCCUUUCUUAUAGAGUCGCUGAUCUACCAGGACCAGCAUAAAGAAGCCAUUGCAAAGCUCUUCAGUGCAGCUGAUGCAGCAACAGAUCCAACAACAAAGAACAAAGUAAACCUUCAGAUGGCCAGCUGCUUCUAUUCGUGUGGAGAGUCCUCAUUUUGCCUUCAAGCUGAUGGCAACCCGGUCACCGGCAUCAAGGCAGCUUGUUCCAAGCUUCUGGAUGUGGUGUGCUCAUUACCUGAAAACUCUGUGGCUGCCUCAGCUACUCCGUACCAUACACCGGAAACCCUGCAUAGAAAACCUGAACGGAAAUUGGUGUUUGCCUGCUAUGAAAGGACUGAGGUUCUGCGCUUCUGCAUGAAGACGCUGAUAACAUGUUUUAAGGAAAAAGUUCUGAUGCAGUUCAGCCGAGAUGACCUUGCUCUCGGUCACUUGAUAGUGAUGACUCAGUACGACUGGCCAGAGGAAGAGCCACUCUUCGUCAAGCUGCUUGAUGUAAUUAAGAAGCAGGGGAACUUUUGCUAUGGACUCUUUUUCAACUACCUCAUCAAUGCUGACAUGCUUGAGGAAUUUAUGUACAUCACUACUGCUAAUGGAGGUGGAGUCACUCUGGACCUACUGCCAACUUCUACCACUCAGGUUGGAAGUGUGGAUGCUGAUUGCAGACAGAGAGCUGUGACGCGAGGAGUGAACAAAGGAGCUAAAGAAGACCUGAAGCUGGCCAUGGAAAAGCAGAUGGCACGCUGCGAUGAUGACCUUGAGCACCUUCUGGUUCACUUCGUCCAGCAAGAGAGAGAGAUUCUCGAGCAGCAGCUGUAAACUGAGAGCACAGAUGGAUGUAAACAGCUCCUCUUAAUGUUCUCAGCCGACCACUUAUGGGCUUCAAGGCAUACCAUUCUCGGGCCUCCUAUCUGGCACACUUCAAAGCAACUAUACAAUCGAUUGCAGUGCAGCCAAUGAUGAUUCCCUUAAACUGUCUGCAGCAGUUUCAGGCAACAACUUGUGCUAGUAGGCACUGAGUUUCUGUCUGCAGUUUCCCUAAAUGCCAUCUUGUGGUCAGCAGCCUGCAGUUAAAGAAGCAGUGCCGCUGUAAGCGUACAGUGUUGAUGCACAGAGAACUUGUAUGAGAGGUAUUGACAUAACAAUAACUUUUUUGGCUUGGCAAUUUAAAAAAAAUUGCAAUUUAAAGAAACGAUGAGACUGGAAAUUAACAUUUUGGCUUCUCUGAAAUUGAAUGCAAAGAUUUAUUUAAACCCUGUGGGAUAACAUUAACAGAAUCGAAAGGGAAUUGUGAAGGUACUGCGAGCAUCUUACUGCAGAAGGACUGGCUGUGCUGGACACUGACCAACAUUGCCUCGACAAGUACAAAAAAGCUUGGGCAUAGUUUUGCUUCCGUUUCUGCAGUGCAAAGUAUGAAAAAAAUAUAUAUAUAAUCUUGGCUUGUCUCUUUGCAACCCUAGACUUUACAUUACGAGGCCUAUAUUUCACGGCGCGUUAUAUCGUAAGAAUGUUUUUGUCUUUUGUAAUUUCAGAAAAUGUGUAGUACAGUAGAAUCCCGAUAAUGCAAACUUUGAUCAUUCGUACUUUCCGAUAAUUCAAACAAAAUUCAAUUUUUAGUUGGUUCUUUGUUCUUUCAAUGUAUUUAAAAGCCUUUUAAUUCAAACUCCAUCAUAUGGUUAAUUCAUAUCUUUUCCAGGUUCAUACCAGACCCAGGUGGUCGAAAUUUUCGGAGCCCUCCACUACGGCGUCUCUCAUAAUCAUAUGGGGCUCUUGGGACGUUAAACCCCACAUAUCAUCGAUCAGGUUCAUACCAGAAAAUAUCUGCUGCUUUCCCCCUACUAUUUAUUAAUUCAUGUGCCUAUAUAAUCUUAACAGUCUCAAAAUGAAAAAUAAUCUUGAGGCCUUCAAGGAAAAAGGCAUUGCUAGUAAACAAAUGUUUGAAAUGAAGCACACCUAAGGUAAACGGUGAUGCUUUUAAACUGGUAUAAAGAACUUUGUGCUGAAGGCUCAUACCUGUAACAAUGAAUCAGUUGGCAUUAGGUCCGAUCAGCAGUAAAUUGCCAAUAAACGUUUGGACCUAACAACUCUGCCUAAUUAUAAUGCGUAGUGUCACCACACCCAGAGUCAUCUAUCUGAGAACUGAUAAUUCAAACAAAAUUCAUAAGUCCUUUUGAGUUUGAAUAAUUAAGAGUCGACUGUAUUAUUUGUGGCAUCAGAAUUUACAACUGGUUUAAACACUCGAUUAUGGACAAUUCUAUCUGCAUCUGCUGUGGAAGACGCUCAUCUUGGUGCACUGCAAAUUGUGUGGCUGUAUCAACUUUUAUAAUAUGUUUUUUUUUUUGUAAUGCUGAGAGCUGGGCCAGUUUUUACUAGUAUUUUGAGACAUGUUUGCAGCACUAAAGAAAAUAUUUCAAGUUUGGUAGUACAGGUCAAGUAAAGCCAGUCGAUAACAGUA